AUGACAAAACCAACAAAAAUACAUGUUAAAAAAGCUUUGAAUGAUGAAUCUUCAAAUGCUGAUGUUAACAUGGAAGUUACCUUGCAAGAAGAAGAUAUUGGAAGUGCUCCCAGCAGCAGCAACAAUGAUACUGCUAACCUACAGCAAGAUUCCCAAAUGUCGGAAGAGAAAUGGAAGGAAAUAAAAAAGAAAGAAAAGAUAUGUAACAAGAAUCUUAGCAGCAGAUGUGCCAGGACACAAUUGGGAAGAAAAAAUCAAAGAAACAAUAAUAAGGACAAAUCAUAUAAGAAGACAAAUACAAAUACAUCAACAAGACUGUAUUCUGAUACAGUUAAAAAUAUCAAAAAAAUUACAUUUGGCAGUCAUUCCAAUACACCUGAUACCUCUAGUAAUAAAGAAAGAACACAAAAUACACAACUGCAACAAUUAUUUAGCAAUAUAGAGUCAAAAUUAAAAAGUGUCCAAGAAACACUAAAUGUUCUAACCAACAGGAUAAAUAUAAUUGAAGAAAAAAUAGGCAUAAAGAAAGUCAUUUCACUGCCCAACCAAAACCAAACAAAAAAUCUUAAAACAAUGCAUAACAUACAACAUACAGGACUACAUGAUAUUUCCAGUGAUGAAAGUACAAUUCAUAGUGAAGAAGAAGAAAUCAAUGACAUAAAACAAAAUAAACUUCAAGAAACUAUGAAUGACAUAUUAAAAGAAAUUCAUUCAUCAUCAACAAUGCUGUUCGAUAAUCAUCAACAAGAGACAACACAAAAACAAUAA